AUGGAAAGUGUCCGUAUGGUUCCUAAUGCUGGACUUGCAGCAAAUUUUGGAGCCAGAUUACUCCCAUCAAUCACUGAGCACGACAUCCUCAUCGAUGGCUUUACCAACGAUAGGCUUUGGCAACAGGACCGGUUUUCGAGUGCUGAUGUCAAAGGCAGGAUUGCAAUGCGCCAAUUAGGUGCUCGCCAGUUAGGCUCUGAGAAUGAGUGUGAACGGCGCCUAUUGAUAUCUGACCUUAAGGACAUCCUCGACAAGGAUUCGACGAGACCUCUGAACUUUCUCUUAAAAGGGGAUCUAGCUUUCGAGUCGGGCCUUGAGACAUGGGAUCCUCCAGACUACGGUCAACCCCCUCCAUCGUACCAGGAUGCGGUUAACGACCUACCUCCUGAUUAUGACACACUCUCCCCUCUAGCCCGACAGAAAGACCUGGUUGACGAAUCAGCGCCAGAUAGAACCUCGGGUGAUUUCGAGGACAACCGUUCUUCUCGGCCUAUUGACUACGACGAUCCGGCCGGUAUCCGAGAAUACAAAGGAGGAAAAAAGAAGAAGAAAGGAGGGGGCGGUGGAGGUGGAGGUGGAGGCGGAGGGGCACCACCGCCGCAAGAGAGUACACCACCACCAGAGGAUAACAGUGGAGAGCAGCCGAAUGAAGGUGGAGAUGCCGGGCAGAAUAAUGGUGAUGGAGGGAAUGACGGCGGUGAUCCUGGCGAUGGGAACAACGGGGGUGACGGAAAUGGUGACGGCGGUGACGGAGGCGGUGACGGAGGCGAUGACUGGGAUGCUUGGAACACCACCAGCAGCAAAAAGGAUAAGAAGAAGAAAAAGAAGGAAGAGGAAGAAGAACGGAAGAGGAAAGAAGAGGAGGAGCGGGUAGCGAAGGAGGAGGAGGAGCGGAAGGCGAAAGAGGAGGAAGAACGAAAAGCAGCCGAGGAAGCAGCGGCUGCUCAGGCCAGUCUCAGUUGGGCUGAUGACGCUGACGGAGGUGGUGACGAUUCCUGGGCGGGCUUUGCCACAGUUGGGAAGAAGAAGAAAAAGAAGGGAAAGGAUGUCGAUCCGCCGGCCGUAGAGGCACCGUCAAACGGCUUUCAGGAUGUCAGUCUGAAUGAUAGUGGGGUCCCUCAGUUAGAUUUGAAUCUUGAUCCUCCUGCAGGCAGCAAUGGUGGUGCUGGCUUCAGUUUCGGAGGAUGGGGCAAGGAUUGGAACACCGGAAGUAAAUGGGGUCUUGACUCUCUCAAUAUGAAUGGCAACGCCAAUGCCGAUAGUGGAAAGGGUACCAACCCUUGGGGUGCCAUUGGCAGUAAGAAAGACACCUCAAAGACCCCCGGUGGUUUUGAUUUCGGGGACUUUGGAGACUCGGGUGAUGCCGGGCAGGAGGAACCUCCUGCAGAAGAGAAGAAGCCCGAAGAGGAUAUUUGGGCUGAUUUCGCGCCAGUUAGCGCCAAGGAUAAGAAGAAGAAAAAGAAAGAUCUUGUGGAGGAACUCCCCAAGGAACCCGAGCCUGAGCCUGAACCGCUACCAGCUCCUGAACCAGCACCUGCGGUAGAUGAUAGCUGGAUGGCCGGUCUUUCCAAGAAGGAAAAGCGAAAGGCGAAGAAAGGUGCUAAAGUUGCCGAGGAGCCGCAGGUCCCUGAGCCUGUCAUUGAAGAACCGAAAACAGACAACGUGUGGGGCACGGCUGAGGAAAAGAAGGAGCCAGAAAAGGCACCUGACAUGGCCGAUGAUAAUGACUGGGGCUGGGGUGUUUCGACCAAGAAGAAGGACAAAAAGAAGCAAGGCGUACUGGAGACAGUCGCUCCCGUGGAGUCUCCUGCCCCUGAACCUCCCGCUCCCGAGCCUGCCCCCGCAGAAGACGAUUGGGGAAUCGCUUGGGGAUCAGUCGGCAAGAAGGACAAGAGGUUAAAAAAGGGGGCGGUUGUCGAAGAGCCUGCACCUGCCGUUGAAGAAGCGCCCCCUGAACCGCAACCGGAACCUGCACCAGAGCAAAAGGCACCUGAUGAUGCUUGGGGAGGCUGGGAUAUUCCCAAGAAAGAGAAGAAGAAGAAGAAGGGGAAGGCGGUUGAGCCUGAGCCUGAGCCCGAGCCCGAACCUAUCCCUGAGCCUGAGCCUGUACCUGAACCCGAACCCGAGCCCGAGCCUGCGGCCGAACCUGAACCUGAGCCGGAGCCGGAGCCUGAACCUGAAAAGAAAGCCCCUGGAUUGCCCGAUGACCCUCUUUACGACAAUUGGGUAAAUUUGUCGUCAAAGGAGCGGAAAAAACGCGAGAAGGCAUUAAAAAAGAAAGGCCUUCCGAUACCUGGAAAGGACAUCGAGAUUCCACCACCAGAAGCAGAGCCUGCGCUAGAAGCGGCUCCUGAACCCGCUCCUGAACAUCCUGUGGAACCUGAGCCUGAGCCAGCUGCUGAGCCCGAGCCAGAACCUGAGCCGGUCGUUGAACCACAACCAGAGCCUGAGCCAGUGGCCGAACCAGUACAGGAAGAACCUGUAGUCGAGGAUAGCUGGGGUAUCUGGACCUCCUCAAAGGACAAGAAGAAGUCCAAGAAGAACAAGAUUGCCGAUGACCCGCCGCCCCCUGCCCCAACACCUCCCUCACUAGGCCUGGACCCCGACCCCCCUGUUCCGGAAGAGGUGGCGGAGGAUCUCCUAUACGAUAAUGGCACCAAGUCUUCUAAAGGAACCAAAAAGGGAUCCUUUGGCGUGGAUGAGACUCCCACUAAAGCAGCGCGGGGAUUUUGGGCGACGCUCGGUGCAGCCACAAUGGGCUCCAGACCAAAGGCUACAAGGAAAAAAUCAGAGGAGAAGCCAAAGCUCAUUGAACCUGCAAAGGAACCUGAGCCCGAACCGGAACCACCUGUACCUGCCCCGGAGCCCCUUGCUGAUCUGCUUGGGGACAUUGGGCAUGCACCAAUGCCUGAAGCGCCCGAGCCGCCUGUCAUUGACGAGCCAGCCGCGCCAGCCGAGCCGCCAGCAAAGAGCACCUCUAAGGCCAAGUCAUCCGCCAAGCUUUCAGUUGCCGAGCGCAUCAAAGCCCUCGAGCAAGCCAAAAAAGAGAGGCUGAAAGAGAAGGCGAAAGCUAAGGAAACCGUACCACCGCCGGAACCCCCUCAGGAAGAACCUGCCGUAGAGAUCCCGCCUGAGCCCGUCGAAGCGCCCAAGAUCUCUCGGGAGUCUGUGCCGGGAAGCUUCCCAGACGCCUUUGAGGACGACUUCCAGGAACCUCCACCUCCUGCUCCUGAACCCGAGCCGGAGCCAUCGGUUGAUCCACCGCGUGAGCGUGAGCCUGAGCCUGAGCCUGCUCCAGCCCCGGCUCCUUUGUCGAAAAAAGCCGAGAAGAAGAAAAAGAAGAAGGGUAAGCUUGUGGAGCCCGAGCCUGAGCCGGCACCAGCGCCUGAGCCGGAACCAGCGCAGCCUGAGCCAGAACCAGAACCAGAACCAGAGCCAGCACCUGCGCCUGAGCCUGAGCCUGAGCCUGAGCCCGCACCUGUACCAGUACAGCUCUCGAAGACUGAGAAAAAGAAGAAAAAGAAGGCCAAGGCUGUCGAACCAGAACCCGCGCCACCGGAACCUGAGCCAGAGCCAGAGCGGGCGCUUGGGCCCGAGCCCGAACCGGAGCCGGAGCCUGAGCCUGCUGCUGAGCCUGUAGACACACCUGCCCAGGAGCCAAAGGCCACCAAGAAAACCAAGAAGAGCUCCAAGUCCAGAACGACCGAACCGGCCAUGGAGGUACCACCAGUUGGAGAUGUACCUGCCGAAGAGCCUGGUGCAGACGCUGGUGGUUGGCCUACUCCUCCACCUGAGCCCGCUGCACCAGGAAGAUCAGCGAAGAAAGAGCGCGCUCGAGUUGAGCGAACUCCCGGUGUUGCUUCGUGGGGCUUCUGGGGCGCUACUCCUACUCCUAGGAAAUCAGCCCAUAGAGAGGUCAGGUCUAGCCGAAGGGAACCUUCAUCCGGCGGAGUCGUACGGUCAAAGUCCACCAAACAUUCAAGGCGACAAGAAGUGCCUCAUGAGGCGGAAAAGACGUCUGGUUCUGACAGAGACAGACGACAAGGGAGCAAAGAGGACCGGGCGACAACCUUUUCCAACUUCAUCCUUGGCGGUCCUCCUGCGCCGACCAGAAUGAAGUCAUCACGUAGACAUGGGGCAUCCGCGUCUAAGCAGGCAUCUAGGCGGCCGUCCAUCGACAUGAAUGAGGCCGCACUCCCAACCCCUCCACCGGAUGAGAGAUUUAAAGUGUCGGAUAAAGCAGCGAGGGUGAUGGGGGUUGGUGCAUCGAGGCACAAGGAAAGACCACGUGGGACGCGGAGAAUAUCCAGCGUACGUGAUCCAUACGCUAUUGAUGACGAUAUUGUCGUGGUCGACCGGGAUGAGGUGGACCGCCAUUCACCGAAGGAAUACUCGAGAGAAUCCCGGGGUUCGAGGAAAAGAUCCAGUACAAAGUCGCGGUCCAGAGCGUAUGAAGAUGACGCGGUCAUGGUCGAGCCAGAUCAACACCACCAAGGGCCAGAUGUAAUGUCGGGUCCUGAUGAUCUGGCAUUUGUGGAAGCACCGAGGGAACGACGCGUAAAGCGCUCUAAUACCUUGCCGAAGAAACAAGACACUGGUGGUCUCAUGGGUCUCAUCGGCUCGCUCCGAAGGAACACACGCCCUGAAAUGCCAGAUCGUCGGAAAUCUCGGUCUUACCGUGAUGAAGAUGUCAGGUACAUGACGGAACCAGAGCGAGACGAGGCUCAACGAUUGAAACAAGAAAGGAGACGCCGCUCCAUGAAACCUGAUAUCGAUGAUGAAGGUUUCGUUACCGACGGCGGGCCUGUCAGAGGCAUCCCAGACGCCGAAGCGGAAGAAGCUGAGGCUAGGAGAGCGGCACGCCGAUCACACCGCACAUCACGCCAUGCGCCUUCUGAUCAAUUUCGGGAGGAUGAGGCUAAGGAAGCCGAAGAAAGACGCGCCAGGCGGAGAGAGCGAGAACAAGCUCGCGAGCGAGAGAUGUACGAGAGGCAAAUACGAGAAGAGGAAGAGCGAGAAGCAAGGCGUCGAGAGGAAAGGCGAGCCCGACGAGCGGCUCGCGAAGCACAGCGUGCCAAGGAGGAACAAGAGGCCAGGGAGGCAGAAGCCCGCGCCGAAGCUAAAGCUGCAGAACGACGGGAACGGAGAAGACUGCGGGAGGCAGAGAUGCUCGAAAACCCAGCAUACAAUUCAGGAUCCAGACAGCGCCCUCCACGUGCUUCUGAGAGAGCACCGGAAGAUUACUAUCUUGAUCACCGUCAUGACGUGGAACAAAGACAUCGACGGUCUCAUCGAUCCGUCGACGAACGCGAGAAAUCUAGACGGCGAGGAUCGAGAGCCCCGGAGCCGGUCAGACCUCCCCCUAUGAUGUCUGGUGCUCGGAGGGAUAAGACCACGUCCUGGGUCGAUUCGCAGGCUGUUGAUCCUCCGGAGCCCCCUCCAAUCGUGCCAACGGUGCUCGAUGUGCCACUUCCUCCAGGCGACCAAAACGCACACUCCAUCUCGUCGGACGAGGAGGCGCGACGUGCUUUGCGCCGCCGGGCUCGCCGCCGGGCCAGAUACCCGGGCCUCGACGAUGAGGAGAUCGAAGAGCUGCGCGCGCGGAAGCGUGAAGCUCGACGAUCUGACCGUGCGAAAAGCAGCUCUGGCAGUGGAGAUUAUGAGCGGGACCGUGGAAUGAGGUCGUACGACGGCCGGUAUCCUGCUGUGCCGCCCCCGACCUCUGGCGCAAAGAUGUCCAGUUGGUUCAAGAAACUGACCAAUCUAUGA